AUGUCGGUCUCGCCCGCGGCCCCGCCGGGGUCGCUGCCCCUUAACCGGCUCGGGGAGCCGCUGCUCCGGCGGCUCAGUGGCGUGCUGGACCGCGCAGCUCCGGGCAGGGGCUGGAGAGACUUGGCGCAGCGAGCCGGGAGCCACGGCAGGGUCAAGCUGAGUUCUCUGGAGUUGGAACAAUGUUCUCUCAAAGUACUGGAGCCAGAAGGAAGCCCCAGUUGGAGUCUCCUGAGACUAAUGGGUGAAAGGGGUUGCACUGUGGUGGAACUGGUGGAAUUCUUACAGGCCCUGGAACACACAGAGGCCCUUCAGUGUCUCAGUCCUCCAGGUAUAAAGAUUGUUGUACAGCCAGACCCUAAGUCAGUACUAUCUGGACGAACAGUCAAGCUAUGUUGUUGGGCAACUGGACAUCCAUUUCUGCAUUAUCAGUGGUUCAAACAGGAAAAAGAGGUUCCACAUGGGAAUUCCCCAGAGUUGAUUUUUAACCCAGUGAGUGUAAAUGAUUCUGGGUUUUACAUCUGUCGAGUGAACAGCGAUUCUUCCUUUGUGUUCAGUCGGUGGGCACAACUGGACGUUUGUGAUCUCCAGGGCGUGUCUUAUGGAAGCUUGGUUGGUUUGCCUGAAAACAAGAUACAUGUCUGCAUUCAGCCCCAAUCACAAAACCUGAUGGUUGGGGACACAUUGGUUCUAGAGUGUGGUGCUGUUGGAAACCCAGUUCCUCAUUACCAGUGGUUCAGAAAUGGAUUUCCGUUGACAAAUGGGAACAGAAAGGUAUAUACGGUGUCUUAUGUGGACAUGGAACAUCAGGGGACCUACUGGUGUCGUGUGUUUAAUGAUCAAGACAAUCAAGAAAGCAAGAAGAUAGAAGUCAUGAUAGAAGAGUUUAGUAGUCUUGGAAAGCCUGACCUUCAAGAGCAAUCAGCUGACAGGCCUUCUGCAAUUGACAAGGUAGCUCUGUUAAUAGGAAACAUGAGCUACUGGAAUCACCCUCAGCUGAAAGCUCCAAUGGUGGAUGUCUAUGAAUUGACCAACUUGCUGAGACAGUUGGAUUUCAAAGUUGUUUCUCUUCUGGAUCUUACUGAAUCUGAGAUGCGGAAUGCAGUGGAUGAAUUUUUACUUCUUUUGGACAAAGGAGUGUAUGGUUUAUUAUAUUAUGCUGGCCAUGGCUAUGAAAACUAUGGGAACAGUUUCAUGGUUCCGAUUGAUGCCCCAAAUCCCUAUCGGUCUGCAAACUGUUUGUGCGUGCAGAAUAUACUCAAACUGAUGCAGGAAAAAGAGACUGGGCUCAAUGUGUUUUUACUGGAUAUGUGUAGAAAAAGAAAUGAGUAUGAUGAUACCAUUCUAAUCUUGGAUGCCCUGAAGGUUACAGCUAACAUCGUUUUUGGAUAUGCAACAUGCCAAGGAGCAGAAGCUUUUGAAAUUCAGCACUCUGGGUUAGCCAAUGGGAUUUUCAUGAAGUUCUUGAAGGAACGCAUGUUGGAGGACAAGAAGAUUACUGUGUUACUUGAUGAAGUUGCAGAAGAUAUGGGUAAGUGUCACCUUACCAAAGGCAAGCAGGCUUUGGAGAUUCGCAGCAGUUUAUCUGAGAAGAGAGCAUUAACGGAUCCCAUUCAGCAAACAGGAUCAUCUGCAGAGUCCCUGGCACGGAACUUACAGUGGGCCAAAGCUCACGAACUUCCAGAAAGUAUGUAUCUUGACUUUAAGUGUGGUGUUCAGAUUCAGCUGGGGUUCGCAGCCGAGUUUUCCAACGUCCUGAUCAUCUACACAAGGAUAGUAAAGAAACCUCCUGAAAUACUAGUUUGCAAAGCGUAUGUUACAGACUUCCCACUUGACUUGGAUAUAGAUCCUAAAGAGGCAAAUAAAGGGACUCCUGAGGAAACUGGCAGCUAUUUAGUAUCAAAGGAUCUUCCCAAACACUGUCUGUACACUAGACUAAGUUCACUACAGAAACUAAAGGAGCACUUGAUCUUCACAGUUUGUCUGCAUUAUGAAUAUCCAGGAAUAGAGGAUUCCCUGGAUGAAAGGAAAGAGGUUAAUGUUGGGAAGCCUCUUAUUGCUAAAUUAGGCAUUCAUCAUGGAUUUAAGGAAAAUUGUUGCAAGUCUAACAGACCUUUCCAUACCCAAGCAUCCACGCCUGUGGCAGCUGAAUACUACCUCUCUCCUAAUCACUGUCAACCAAAUUCCUACCCAGGUGUUCACCAUCCAAACUCCGCUCAUUCAGACCAUUUCAGGCAGCCAGAAGCAUGCCAUUGCAAUGUGACUUUGAAUGUGCUAACUUCAAGACAAGAAGCAUGGACUUACUCAUCCCACAUAAGAAAGAAUAAUAUACCAGUAGAGACAACUGAUGACACUGUUGACCUGGGAUUCAGCUUAUCCAACAGCCUCAGAUUAUCUAAAAAGCAGUAGCUAUCAUCUCUGCAGAAUGUACAGGAACCUCAAUCCUGGGCUAAGGCACUCCAGCACUGAUUGUACAUUCUCUGCAGUGUGUUCAUGUUUUGAGAGAAGACAGUACUGGGAAUUGUGGGUUGGGUAUGGGUUAGUAUAUUAUCUCCUUGGAAACUUCUCAGAUCCAAAGAGACAAGAAUGGAAUAUAAACUAAUUCUUCACUCCUGAAUUUUUUUCAGCAGUGAAGACGGGUGUGGGAUAAUCAUGGGGAGCUGGUGGCAAGAGAGAUGGGGUGGAGAGUAGCUUGAGCUGGGUGCAUGGGACCCCCCACAGGAGCUAACCAGCAGGCACCCUGUUAUUGGCUGCAACUGUGCCAGCCAGCAAAAGAACAGAGCAGCAAGCAUGUAGCAUUGAGAGGAAGUUGCAUGUUUGUGGUGGGGAGGAGAUGCACAGCAGAGGCCUUGUUCUUGUAUCACAGGCUCUCUAGGAAUACUGAAGCCUUGAUGUCCUCAGCUGUUCCUGACAUAUCUCUAUAAUGACACAUCCGUCUUAAAAGGCAUGCACAAUGGACCUGUUUCUAAUCUUUAGUUUACAAAGGGAUCAGUUUUCCUGUGCAAAAACAAAAUGGAAAAAAUAGCAGUUAGAGGAGAAGAGAGGGAAAGCAGUAAAAAGAAUGUCCACAUUAAUUAAACUAAGCUAUAUGUAUACUUUAUAAAUGUAAUUAAAAUAGCAUAGUAAUCACUAAAUGAUAAAUAGAUUUUUAGACUUUCCUGUUCUAACUUGCACCAUCAGUUGAGUUUAACAUUCUAAUUUUCCUUUUAUUUAAAAAAUGGGAACUUCCAAUUUCUUUAAAAUGUUUGUGUGCAAGCGGAGCAUGUCAUACUAUUCAUAGAUUCCAAGAGUAGUAGGUACCAUUGUGAUCUAGUCUGACCUCCUUUAUAAUACAGGGACAUAGAAUGUCCCCAAAAUAAUUCCUCU